CGCCCGCUGCCUGGGCUCUGCCCCCUCCUCUCCGCCCCGCCGGUGCGCGGGGCCCGGAUCCUGCCGAGCACUUUCCGCAGGCGCCGCAGAGCAACUGGGUGCAGGCGGCCGUGGUUGGCGCGGUCCUCGCCCGGCCGGGCCAUGAAGGUCGAGUUUGCGCCGCUCAACAUCCCGCUGGCGCGGCGGCUGCAGACGGCGGCGGUGCUGCAAUGGGUCCUGUCCUUCCUGCUGCUGGCGCAGGUGUGCAUUGGAGUCAUUGUGAUGUUGAUCAUCCACAACUAUUGGUUCCUUUACAUCCCUUAUUUGACGUGGCUUUACUUUGACUGGCAUACCCCAGACCAAGGAGGCAGGAGAUCCAACUGGGUCAGAAACUGGACUGUUUGGAAAUACUUUAAGGACUAUUUUCCAAUCCAUCUCAUUAAAACUCAAGAUUUGGAUCCAAGUCACAAUUAUAUAUUUGGGUUUCACCCCCAUGGAAUCCUCGUGGCUGGAGCCUUUGGAAACUUUUGUACAAAUUAUUCCGACUUCAAGGAGCUGUUUCCUGGCUUUACUGCAUAUCUUCAUGUGCUGCCAUUUUGGUUCCGGUGUCCUCUCUUCCGAGAAUAUCUGAUGAGCAGUGGGCCAGUUUCAGUUUCCAAGGAAAGUGUGUCCUAUGUGCUAAGCAAGGACGGAGGUGGAAACAUCUCUGUCAUUGUCCUUGGGGGUGCAAAAGAAUCACUGGACGCCCAUCCUGGAGAAUUCACUCUGUUCAUCCGCCAGCGGAAAGGAUUUGUUAAAAUUGCUUUGACCCAUGGCGCCUAUCUGGUCCCAGUGUUUUCUUUUGGUGAAAAUGAACUGUUUAAACAAAUUAGCAACCCUGAAGGCUCAUGGCUUAGAACUGUUCAAGAGAAACUACAGAAGAUCAUGGGGUUCGCUUUGCCCCUGUUUCACGCCAGGGGAGUUUUUCAGUACAAUUUUGGCCUGAUGCCGUAUAGGAAAGCCAUCCACACUGUUGUUGGCCGCCCAAUCCCUGUGCGUCAGACUCUGCACCCGACCCUGGAGCAGAUUGAGGAGUUGCAUCAGACCUAUAUGGAGGAGCUUAGGAAAUUAUUUGAGGAGCACAAAGGAAAGUAUGGCAUCCCAGAGCACAAGACUCUCAUUUUUAAAUGACUGGACUGGAAUAAGGCCUAAAGAAGGCCAACUUGGGAAUAAGUGUUUUAAAUACGUUUAUUUUUUCUUUUGCCUGUGGCAUCAGAUUUGCAACAGAAAAGUAUCAUUUGUGGUGAUGAAUGCUGAUGUAUCCGUGGUAAAUACAAGCACAGUAGAAGACUGUGGGAUAAGGAUGGAGAUGACUAUCAGACUUUUAAUAAUUUUCCUUGCUUAUGAAGGCUAAAUCAUUUUACAGGCUAUGAGCAGAUUUAGAAUUAUUCAUGUGCUCUGAAAAACAAAAGAAAGCUUCAAAAAAUAAUUAGACCUGGCCAGGCCUGGUGGCUCUUGCCUGUAAUCCCAGCACUUUGGGAGGCUGAGGCAGGCAGAUCACUUGAGGU